AUGAAUCCCGACCAGUCCGCACCACUGCAGUUUCGAGGUUCAUGUGUCCUUGGCUCUGACCAACUGCAGUCCGCCCCAAGCGAGGCGGCGGACGUGGAAGACGCAGGUGACUUCGGAAGCCGUACAGGUUCUUAUGCCACACAUAUACCCUAUCCAAAGAUUCAGAUACAGUCACUGUCUACUUUCGCUGCUGCCAGGACGCCAAAUGCACCGACAAACACCUGGCGCCUCCUUCAUUCGACAGUCCUCCCUUGGUGCCCAAGAAACGACGCCUUGGGCGGCAGGGGACGGAUAGGUCCCAUUGGCUUGGUCGCCGCGAAUCGAUCAGGAAGUCCAGAUGUGUACAGUUUAACGGACGAUCUGAAGAGUAAGAUCCUCGGAGAUGCGCUGGAAGCUCGAUACAUGGCCCGUCUCCCUCCCUCUAGGCGACCCGAUCUAUACCGCCAUACAUCCAAAUUCACACCGGACCUCAUCGCACAAGACGCCAGACCUCAAGCCAUAGGGCUGGCGACCGUGCCGUUCCGCGAGGAAGAUGGCAUAGGGAACUAUGGGAAAUACGCCACACCCAAGUCGUCUGCCCCUCCUCAGGUGAAAGGACAAGUAUACACCGGGCGAACGGCGAGGUUCUCUCCUGGCGCAACUAGCCUGAUGCCGCGUCGCAGGGAACAUGAGCGUCCCCUCAAUGUCGAAGGUGCGAGCCAGUAUCACCAUCCCUGGAACAAGGCAGUUCGCGCCAACGCUGAACACUAUGACGUUGAGUGGGCAACCAACAUGUUCGUCCCCGUGGACGCCGACUUGAGUCCAAGCAACGACCUCAAGAACGCCUUGAUACUUCUUUCCGUUGUCGGUGAAGCCGUCUUGUUUGUUCUUCUGGACUCGGGAUGUGGUGACCAAUAUGCCAAUAAGACCAUGUCCGCGGCGCUUCCCUUCUGGGACGACGGUCCUGCUUAUAUCGGCACCGAUCGCAGAAACCCCAUUUGCGAGGGUUUCGUCCUGUGGGAUUGGACCAAGCCUGACAGACCCUAUAAAGCUUUCGACAUUGAGGGAACGCUCAUGUUCCCUGCGGCGCGGCAUCAGGCUAGUUGCGCCAGGAGAGAACCUCGCCGUUCGCCCGGUGUAUACUUGUCCUUUCACCUGAGGAGGGGCAGACGACUUGGGUGUGGCGUAUUUCCCAUAGUUCCCUAUGACAUCUUCCUCGCAGAACGGCACGGUCGCCAGCCCUAUGGCUUGAGGUCUGGCGUCUUGUGCGAUGAGGUCCUUGAGUAG